AUGGCGCAGGCCAGCCCUGAUCACCGGGAUCCAAUGGCGAUGACGGUGGCGGAGCUGGAGGCAGCCAUCGCCGCCCUGCCCGGCAAGCGGGACGCCCUGCGGGAGGCGUUCGACCGCCUCGCCGCCUGCUCCCCCUCGCCGCUCUCCUUCGCCUGGGAGGACCUCGACGGCCACAUCUCCUCGCUCCAGUCGUCAAUCGCGCUGCGGUUUCGCCAGCUCCGUGUGCUCGAGGCCGCCGGCGCUGCACCCGCUGCUGCCGCGUUGGGUGGAACUCGCGGCGAUGGGAAGGGAGAAAACCAGGAGGAGGAGUUGGAGGAGGACGAAGAAGAGGAGGAGGUGGUGGAAGUGGAGGAGGAGGUCGCGGUGGAUGUGGAGGAGGAGGAGGAGAAGAAGGCCGAUGAGGAGAUACAGGAAGCCCACAGCGAUAAGAUUUGCAAUUAUGAAAAGGAUGGGAAGCAGGCCAGAGACGUGGAAGUGGAGGAGAAGGUAGCGGAGCUGGAGAAGGCCGAUGAGGAGAUGCACGAAGCCAAUAGCAAUAAGAUUCGCAAUGAUGAAAAGGAUACGAAGGAGACCAGAGAGGUGGAAGUGGAGGAGGUGGUGGCAGAGCUGGAGCAGAAGGCCGAUGAGGAGAUGCAAGAAGCCGGCUACGAUAAAAUUUGCAAUGAUGAAAAGGACAGGAAGGGGGCCAGAGAAGAGGUAGUGGAGGAAGAGGAAGUUGAGGAGGCAGCCAACGUCAAGAUUGGCAAUGAGAUAAAGGAUGAGAAGGAGGCAAGGGAGGAGGAGCAGGCCAGUAAGGUGAACGAGCAGGAUCCUGACAAGGAGAUUCAGGUGGUUGAUAAUGAUAAGGGCGGGCUGAAUACCAAAGAUGCUUUGAAGGCUUCUCAGGACAAGGAGGAGGAGGAUCAGGAUACCAAUAUGGAUGAGACAGCGGCCAAGAUGGCGUCUUCAGUGCAGCACAAGGAGGUGGAGACUUGCGACAAGAAGCAAGAGCAGGACGUUCAUGAGAAGGUGGAAGGUGCCAAAAAUGUUACGGACCAGGUGUCUUCAGACCGGGGCAAUCGGGCUGUUCCAUGUAGAUCUGACGAUCGCACUGUAGCAUGCACAAACAUGGAUGCACAGAGGUUGGUCGAGCUCAUAUGCACCAACACCGAAUUCAAUUCAGAGUUUCAUGCUGCAGUUCGCCGUGCUCCAGAUGCUGCAGCACUGGCUCUUCAUGUAAUUGAGCUAUUCCUACACAACAAGAUAUUUGUUAAGACCAGGAAGGUCUGGGCAAGCUGUGUUGGGCUAGUUCAAAUGGUACCUGUAGUUGUUACCAAGCCUUCUGCCGACACGAUUGAGCAGGCCAAGCGGGUGGCUAAGGAUUGGAAGGAGAUGAUUGACAAUCCAGAGAGUUGCAAUGUCGUUGGCAGCCUAGCCUCGUGGGGCCUCCUUAACUUCCUUAUCUCCUAUAAAAUUGUAACUGAGUUUGAUACGAAGGAGAUCUUCUGUCUCUUUGGUAACAUCUCGUUAAAACAGAAGAAGAAAUCUACCAUGCUCUUAAAGGGUCUUGGGCUCGGCAAUAGAAUCCCAGAGUUAAUGGACUAUUUGAUCGGAAAUGGGCAGCAAAUGGAUGUUUUACGUUUGGCAUGCAUUUUUAAUAUGGUGGACAAGUAUCCUCCACUUUCUCUUCUGAAGGGAUAUGUCGAAAAGGCAAAACAGACUGCUAUGGAGAUAUCUCAAAAGAAUAUGACACGCCAGUUGAGGGCGGUUAUAAUAAAGGAGCUUGAUAAUCUAAGAAGUGCAAAAGUUUUGGCUAAGAAGGAAAUCACCAACUCCAACCUCUGUACCAGUAUCAGGGAAGAAAUCAACAUUUUGUUAGGUGAGCUUGAAAAAAAGAAGCGGAGUUUAGCAGAUCCCUUGACAGCCUCAACUUCAAAUUCACAGCAGCAACAAACAAAGAGUAAGAAGAAGCUCAAGAUAGAGCAGGAGCAGGAGCAUCACAAGGGACAAGAAAACCAGAUGCGAGGGCAACGGAGUGAGCUGGCAGAGAAGCCGGAGAAAAAACAAAGGAAGCCUCAACAGGAGCAGCAACAGAAACAAGAAGAUAAGCUGGAAGAGAAGAAACAGAAGCAAGAAGAUAAGCUGGAAGAGAAGAAACAGAAGCAAGAAGAUAAGCCGGAAGAGAAGAAACGGAAACAAGAAGAUAAGCCAGAAGAGAAGCAGCAACAGAACAAACAGAAACAUCAGAAACGGCUGAGGCAACGCACUCACCAGCCACCAACACAGGGUUAUCCUGCAAUGUGGAACGCGGCACUGAGAGGCGACUUGGAGCGUCCACCAUAUGCCGCAAUGCAUGGAGUCCAUCAUGGUUACCCUGCCCAGCCAGGCUGGCCUGGAGUUCAUGGUGCAUCGCCGUUCAUGCCACAACUUGGAGCACCUGACUUGGAGCGUCCACCAUAUGCCGCAAUGCAUGGAGUCCAUCAUAGUUACCCUGCCCAGCCAGGCUGGCCUGGAGUUCAUGGUGCAUCGUCGUUCAUGCCACAACUUGGGGCACCUGAGUACAUAGGACCCUUUACACCCUUGUACCCUCGUCCGCAGUUCUAUCCCAGGUAG